CUCGGAAUACAUUUAAUCCAUAUUAUCAAUACAAUGGCAGCUGACGAAGAUGCUGAUGUGUUUGAGAUUACAGAUUUCACCACAGCUUCUGACUGGGAAAGAUUUGUGGCUCGCCUUGAGGAAGUUUUACAUGAAUGGAAGUUAGUAAACCAUAGCCCUCUACCACCAGCCCCAAGGGGUAGCCUUACCACAGGGAAAUGGCGUGAGAGAACAGAACCUAUCAGCUUUGCAGACUUUGACUUUUUAGUGACAUACAAUUAUUUGGAGCGAGAUGAUCUCCCAAAGUCAAGAGAAGAGUCAAGGCCAAGUCCUGACGAUGACUCAGAAGAAAAAAAAAGUUCAGAGGAGACGUUACCCACAGUGAUGGCAGACAUGAUGAGUUUGGACAAUGACUUCCCAUCAAAAGCACACUGUCUUUCAAGAUGGUAUGGAUUACAGGAAUUUCUGGUGAUUACACCGUCCCAGUCAGCUGCCGCCAUAGACUCAGAAAGCAGGGUUAAGAUUCUGCUUAGUUCAGUCUCCAUUGCUUUAAACAACACAGGAAGUCCUGUCCCAGUGUUCAUACAAGUCCAGCAGUACCGGAGACAGAUGUUCUGUGGAGCUUGUGUGUUACCCGGCUCCUCUAUAGACUUUGAUGUCAUCCACCUUAAAUCACCUCCCCCUCAGUUCAACCACCUCUCAGGACUCCUAGAUAUCUUCAAGGCCAAGAUGGCAACACAAGUAAUGCCACGACCUACAGUGAUGGUAGCUGUAAGGUUUACUUAUAUAUUGACAGAGUGGCACAAUGCUGCAUGGCCUCAGGAACCCCCAGAUUUGUCAUCUCCAAUGGAAGAUGAAGUUGGUUGUUCAGAUUUCGGGAAUCUGCCAUUUGGGGCAUGCGAAGAUCCAGUAAGUGAGAUGCAGCUGGCAUGCACUUGGCCAAGCUUAUCUGAGGACAUGAUUGUUGAAAACCAGAGCUACAGUGACCUUGACCCCAUGCAGGCCCCACAAUGGGCUGUACGUAUCAUCAUGACAGAGGAUCCUAACUGUCUUCUUGGUAAAUACUUGGGUGAUUUUAUGAAAAUUUCACACAGAAAAGAUACAGUUGAGGAUUUACUGUGGAAUGUAUUAUCUAAAGAAGAAGAUGAUCAAACAGGUGAUAUUAGCCAGGCUUUACAGAAACUGACUGAACCAAAGGUGUCUAAAAUGUAUGGCAUUCCUUCCUUCAGUAAUGUGGUUCAUACCGCCAGCAGUAAACUGGCUAUCAAGCCUGGACAGGCACCAAUAGAUGGAGACACUCUCACGGACCUGUUAUAUUUUCUGUUUCCUGAUGCAAAACCUAAACUAGAGAAGGAUGAUAAGACUGAUAAUGAAAGUGAAAAACCAAUCAGUAAAUACUCCCACAUUACAGAGGAUUUGUCUAAACAGUUAAAGUCUGCUCCUGAGGACAGUCUGCUCCAUAAAUUAGUUGUUGCCUUGGUGAUGGUAAACAUGCAUCAUGGAGGAAUCCGUGGUGUGGCUCAGUUAUGGCAGGAGUUUGUCCUAGAGAUGAGAUUCCGGUGGGAGAACAAGUAUUUAAUCGAUGGAGUUGACCCAGGGUCUCCUAACUUAGGAACAUGUCUACUCUAUCAAAAGUUACAGAUGUUGAAUUGUUGUAUAGAGAGAAAAAUCAAGCGAGAACAGUUAUACAAGGGCUACACUGGACAGACGCUUGACGAACAAAAGGACUCUGCAAGUCCUGAUGGUGAAAUGGAAUCUAGUCAUUUAUCUACCUCAGAUUCUGAAACCGGUGCUACUUCAGAAUUGGAUCAAAGCAAACAAAGUGGGCGUCGGCCUUCUGGGGAGAAGCAGAAACAGGAUAAUAGUAAGGAUAAAGAGGAUGUUCCUGCUAAAAAGCCCCACUUAGACAGUUCCAGUGAGGAGGAGUUCUUUGAGUGUGAGAAUGAAGAGGAAGAGGAGGAAGAAGAGGAGGGGGACAGUUCAGAGAUGGAAGUGGAAACCUUGAAAGCAAACGAAACUUGUACACCAGAGGGCGAGGUGGUUUCCAUGGAAACCUCUGUGACCAGCUCCUCCUCCUUCGUAGAUUCUGUCACACACAAACCCGAAGGACGGCUGGCCAAGUCGAGCGACCUCAGACUUCUAAAUAUAGACGAGCCCCUGUACAUUCCUAUCACCCAGGACCCCUCCCCCAUGACAGAGGACAUGUUGGAGGAACAUGCUGAGGUCCUAGCUAGGUUAGGCACAUCAUCUGAGGGGGCCCAGCUAAGAGCGAGGAUGCAGAGUGCCUGUCUCGUAUCAGAUAUGGAGUCAUUUAAAGCCGCCAAUCCAGGCUGUACGAUCGAGGACUUUGUCAGGUGGUACUCACCUAGAGACUGGAUAGAGGAUGAGGAAUCAACAACUGAAAAUCCCAAAGGUCAUUUGAGUACCAGGAUGCAGAUUCCUGGGAACAUUUGGACCGAGGCUUGGCAGAGUGCCAAACCAGUACCAGCCAGGAGACAGAAGAGACUGUUUGAUGACACAAAAGAAGCGGAAAAGGUACUACAUUUUCUGUCUGCCAUGAAGCCAUCAGAUGUUGUGGUCCACUUAUUACCAGUACUGGUUCAUUCAUCUGUUGUCAAGGUCAUUGAUAAUGAGGACUCAGAUAUCCAAAAACUGAAAGAUAUGAUAGAACACCUGGCUUCAAAGGCAGCAAUGGUUACCAGAACUCCUCACCAAGAUGUCCGCAGAUAUGAGGAAUUAUUCAAGCUCCUGAACCUAACAGAAACGUUAAUAGCCAGAGCAACAUCCCUGAAGACUAAAUUUCCAGCAUCUUUGAUUGAGAGUUCUAGUGGAAAAGAUGAGGUGGAGAAGUUCAUCAGUGACCUAAUUCACCAUACAGAGGUCCCUAUCAGUGGGGGACCCUCAGGACCCGUUGGGGACAUGAUACACAAACUGUUUGUGGCCGCUCAGAAGGACUUGCACAUGGUGAUAGAAGAUGAGGAAGGAGACACAGGACUUAACUCUGUGCCAGACUUUCCUCGCCCCUCAGCUCGCGAGUAUAUACUGAGGACAGCUGCACCUAGACCAGCUCCCUAUUCUAAAUCCCUUCCACAUAAAAUGACUUGUUCUAUUAUUGAAGGACAUGAAUUCAGACUAGCAGGAGCAUUUGCUACUGAUACAAUAUUUCAGUGAUCAUAGCUGUUCAUGUAAAUAAUUUUUUAUCUAUCUAUGUAUGCAGUAUAUAGGAUGUCAAACAUAGUUGUAGAGCAGGUCUAGGGACUGAGCAUUUAUUUAUUAGGAGUGCUGGCCAUAAUGCACUAUAAUAUAUUUAUAAAAACUUAACUUAUUUUUCAUUUUAUCAACAAGGAGCAUUUGAUUUGUUAAAGAGAAUUCAUUCUAUAUGGAAUUGAAUUAUCUGAAGAAGACUUCACAUUUGGAUUUUUCAGGUUGAUCCAUUGAAAUAUCCACUACCUGGUACUCUUAAUUAUUAAUUAAUUUAUAAUACACUUAAAAAUGUAAAUCAGUUAUUGAUAUAAAUUGUUAUGCUAUAAAUGUGCUUCAUGUACACAAUAAAUAAUAGAUAAAAUUG